AUGGCUAAAUUCAGUUCUGCGAGCACUGAGACAUGCGAGCCUCCUGAGCAGUUUAGUUCUGCGAGCACUGAGACAUGCGAGCUUCCCGAGCAGUUCAGUUCUGCGAGCACUGAGACAUGCGAGCCUCCCGAGCAGUUCAGUUCUGCGAGCACUGAGACAUGCGAGCCUCCCGAGCAGUUCAGUUCUGCGAGCACUGAGACAUGCGAGCCUCCUGAGCAGUUUAGUUCUGCGAGCACUGAGACAUGCGAGCCUCUCGAGCAGUUCAGUUCUGCGAGCACUGAGACAUGCGAGCCUCCCGAGCAGUUCAGUUCUGCGAGCACUGAGACAUGCGAGCCUCCCGAGCAGUUCAGUUCUGCAAGCACUGAGACAUGUGAGCCUCCUUUCUCUCGCUGA